GCAUUCAAAGAGGGAUACGAUUUUGUCAGGGUAAAUUGUAUUUGCUCCAUAACAACUCGGCUAGUAAUCAUGACGAACCAACUUUGUAAGCUGUUUGUCGGUGGAUUGAACGUCGAGACUACAGACGAUGGACUUCGGCAACAUUUCGAGCAGUACGGCCAGUUAACUGACUGCGUAGUGGUCCAGAACCAGCAGCUACAAAGGUCCCGGUGCUUCGGCUUUGUAACCUACUCAAGCGGGGAGGAGGCCGAUGCAGCCAUGGCCGCCAGGCCACAUGUCGUCGAUGGUACCAACGUGGAGUUAAAAAGGGCGGUUGCACGGGAAGAUGCCGGUAGGCCAGAGGCACUCGCCAAAGUUAAAAAAAUAUUUAUCGGUGGGUUGAAAGACGACAUAGAAGACGACCAUUUGAAUGAUUAUUUCUCUCAAUUCGGGGCAAUUGAGAAGGCCGAAGUAAUCAGUGACAAACAGACUCUCAAAAAAAGAGGAUUUGGCUUUGUCUAUUUUGAAGAUAAUGACUCUGCCGACAAAGCAGUGGUGCUGAAGUUCCACACAAUCAAUGGGCACAAAGUGGAGGUGAAGAAGGCCCUCACCAAGCAAGAGAUGCAGUCAGCCGGUGGUCGGGGAAGAGGCGGGCGAGGAAUGAGAGGGUCUCAAAAUGGCUACGACGGCGGAAGAGGUGGCGGCUACGGCAACUAUGGCGAAUGGAUAGAUGACACAUUCUUCUUCAUAAAUCCUGCUGGUUGAUGAGGAUCUCAAGGGAUUGAUUGGAUCAAGAUGAGGAAAGUUCCUAUAAGGAGGGAAACCCUGUUUAUGGCACUGGAACGGCUAUGGUGACUUUACUUUUUGUACUCAUUUACUUAUUAGAGGAAUUCUAUUUACAUACAUGUAAUUGGAUAUGACCUACACAAUUAUAUUCAUUCAGUGUUUAUUUUCAGUCAAGGAACUUCUGUAUGUUUUUGUCUUCAGCCUAAGGAGGGCAGCAUUUCUUUGCUGAUAAAUGGUGAAUGACUAUCUGGUUUAAAAUGUUAAAUUGCCAGUGGAUAGUAACUGGAUACUGCAUGGCUUUUAGAAAUUGUUUUAAUGGUGAUCUAAUCCAAAAAAAAUUGACAGGUGUGACCCUGGACUGUGCUGAUCCAGCUCCAGUGGUCCUGUCAUUACAGGAUGAAGAAUGUCUGUGAAAAAUGCGGGUGUUUUGAAGGACCUCUGGCCUAAUAUCCACCUGUUAGGAAGGUUGAAACUUUCAAUGAAUCAUUAAGAUAUGUAUCCUUGUUUUGUAUUCCAGUUUGUGGAAUCACAUACUGCUUGUUCUGUACUGUUAUAUUUGUUUGUGGAUUCAGUAAAUAUAUUUUGUUUUAAACCU